AUGCCUUGUACAAUAUGUGGCGACAUUCAUGGUCAGUUUACAGAUUUAAUCGAACUGUUUCGUGUCAACGGGAUAGUUCCCAGUGUAAACUAUGUAUUUCUAGGUGACUACGUGGAUCGUGGCUAUUACUCGGUAAUCGAGACAAUUGUGCUUCUAUUUUCCUUAAAGAUCCGCUAUCCUGAACGAAUCUUCCUUCUCCGAGGAAAUCACGAAAGCCGUUUUCUAUCACAUUCGUUCGGCUUUUAUCAGCAGUGCAUGAGGUACUACAAUGAUGAGAGUGUGUGGAAUGAUUUUAUGGCAACCUGCGAUUGCCUCCCUCUCUGUGCUAUUAUUAACGAUAAAAUCUUCGCAGUUCACGCAGGAAUUAGUCCUUCUCUCCACCACAUCGAUGAGAUCAACUCGCUGAAUCGCUUCCAAGAAAUCCCUUUGAUAUCCUUUCUCCCUGCCACAGCCUUUUUCCUUGAUUCGUCACGAAGGUCUUUUCUGCGACUUGGGUGGAACCCUUCUUCGCGAGGCAUUAGUCAGACGUAUGGGCAGGACGUUUCAGAGCAGUUUCUGCUGGAUAAUCAGCUGAAAUGCAUAGUUCGUGGACACGAGUUGGUCAUGGAGGGCUAUAAACAGCUUCACAAAAACAAGGUGGUGACGGUCUUCUCCGCUCCAAACUAUUGUUACUAUGUGGGGAACAAGGGCGCCUAUGCAGAGGCCGACGAGUUGGGAUAUCUUUCUUUGUGA